CCUUUCUGGGCAGAGCUGGGCGGGACCCACCGCACGCCCACGGCCCGUCAGCCCGCGUCCCGGGGAAGAGUCGGAGCCGUGCGCUGAACGAUGGUCUCCGCCCAGACCCUCUUCUUCCACCCGGCCAGAGGCGGACUUGUUUACCUGCCUCUCCCGCGCCUCUCGCGAGUGAUGGCUUAGGAACUGUUGAGUCACCCAUCGCCACUCUCCUCCCAGCCCGCCCUGGGGCUCCGGGGGCCACGAGGCUGUCACAGUCCUCGUUCAGCUAUCCCAGCCCUUCCCCGGCUCCCCGGAGGCCGGGGCGGGGUAGACUGCCCCCGUGUCCCCGGCUCCUGGGGUGACCCUCACUGCCCACCGCCGCCUGGUGCAGUUGCAGCUCCCGGCCGCUGGGUGUCAGCCUGUCCUCACCGUGGCGCGGGGUCCCCGCCCGCCGCCAGACGAGCAGAGCAGCUGGGAUUCGGGGAUAACCUGAGCCAGGGCCGAAAGGAGCAGCUGAGGGCCGGAGGGGGCGUGUGCGUCGGGGAGUCAGUGGGGGAAGGGGGAAGAGAGGGCGCAGGAAACCAGUGGAGCGCAGAGACCCAAGCGGCUGGGUGUUUUGCUCUGCCUCUCCUGGCGGCUCCAAGGUUACCCAUUAAUCCCAGGGCGGCUCCUAGGGGCCCCGUCGGUUUCUAGGCGAGAGCACGAGCGUCCCCGGAUCGUGCACCUGUGCCUGCGCAAGGCCGACCAGAAGCUGGUGAUCAUCAAGCAGAUCCCAGUGGAGCAGAUGACCAAGGAAGAGCGGCAGGCGGCCCAGAACGAGUGCCAGGUGCUCAAGCUGCUCAACCACCCCAAUGUCAUCGAGUACUAUGAGAACUUCCUGGAGGACAAAGCCCUCAUGAUCGCCAUGGAAUACGCGCCAGGCGGCACCUUGGCUGAAUUCAUCCAGAAGCGCUGCAAUUCGCUGUUGGAGGAGGAGACCAUCCUGCACUUCUUCGUGCAGAUCCUGCUCGCGCUGCACCACGUGCACACCCACCUCAUCCUCCACCGGGACCUCAAGACCCAGAACAUCCUCCUGGACAAGCACCGCAUGGUCGUGAAGAUCGGCGACUUCGGCAUCUCCAAGAUUCUCAGCAGCAAGAGCAAGGCCUACACGGUGGUGGGUACUCCAUGCUACAUCUCCCCCGAGCUGUGUGAGGGCAAGCCCUACAACCAGAAGAGUGACAUCUGGGCUCUGGGCUGUGUCCUCUAUGAACUAGCCAGCCUCAAGAGGGCCUUCGAGGCUGCGAACCUGCCCGCACUGGUGCUGAAGAUCAUGAGUGGCACCUUUGCGCCCAUCUCGGACCGGUACAGCCCUGAGCUGCGCCAGCUCGUCCUGAGCCUGCUCAGCCUGGAGCCUGCCCAGCGGCCGCCGCUCAGCCACAUCAUGGCACAGCCCCUCUGCAUCCGGGCCCUCCUCAGCCUCCACACCGACCUGGGCAGUGUCCGCAUGCGGAGGGCAGAGAAGUCCCUGGCCACUGGGCGGCCCUCUGGGAGCAGGAGCAGCAGUGCCCGCUGCAGGGGCGUCCCUCGAGGACACGGGAGGCCGGCCAUUCCUCCACCACUGUCAUCAGUGUACGCCUGGGGCAGCGGGCUCAGCGCCCCCCUGAGGCUGCCCAUGCUCAACACGGAGGUGGUGCAAGUGGCGGCUGGGCGCACGCAGAAGGCUGGCGUCACGCGCUCUGGGCGCCUCAUCCUCUGGGAGGCCCCGCCCCUCGGCACUGGGGGAGGCGCCCUCCUCCCCGGGGCGGUGGAGCAGCCGCAGCCCCAGUUCGUGUCGCGUUUCCUGGAAGGCCAGUCGGGCGUGACCAUCAAGCACGUGGCAUGUGGGGACCUCUUUACGGCCUGCCUGACCGACCGCGGCAUCAUCAUGACCUUCGGCAGCGGCAGCAACGGGUGCCUCGGCCACGGCAGCCUCACCGACAUCAGCCAGCCCACCAUUGUGGAGGCCCUGCUGGGCUAUGAGAUGGUGCAGGUGGCUUGCGGGGCCUCUCACGUGCUAGCCCUGUCCACUGAGCGAGAACUGUUUGCCUGGGGCCGCGGAGAUGGUGGCAGGCUGGGUCUGGGGACCAGGGAGUCCCACAGCUGCCCCCAGCAGGUGCCCCUGCCCCCAGGACAGGAAGCCCAGCGGAUUGUAUGUGGCAUCGACUCGUCCAUGCUCCUCACUGUGCCUGGCCAAGCUCUGGCCUGUGGGAGCAACAGGUUCAAUAAGCUGGGCCUGGACCACAUCUCCCUGGGGGAGGAUCCCGUUCCCCACCAGCAAGUGGAGGAGGCCCUGAGCUUCACCCCUCUAGGCUCUGCACCCCUGGACCGGGAGCCCCUGCUGAGUGUGGACCUGGGCACUGCGCACUCAGCUGCUGUGACUGCCGCGGGGCACUGCUACACAUUCGGCAGCAAUCAGCACGGGCAGCUGGGCAGCAGCACUGGCCGGGGCGGCCGGGCACCCUGUCAGGUCCAAGGCCUCGAGGGCAUCAGGAUGGCGAUGGUGGCCUGUGGCGAUGCCUUCACUGUAGCCAUUGGGGCAGAGGGUGAGGUGUACUCCUGGGGCAAGGGAGCCCGAGGCCGGCUGGGAAGGAGGGACGAGGAUGCCGGCCUCCCUCGGCCGGUGCAGCUGGACGAGACACACCCUUACACCGUGACUUCCGUGUCCUGCUGCCACGGAAACACACUCUUGGCUGUGCGGCCUGUCACGGAUGAGCCCGUGCCCCCCUGAGGUGCUGGAUGCACCUCUGGACCACCCUGAUCUGGCUUCUCCACCAAGAGUCAUGAAGAGUGCAGGCGCCUGCGGCAUGAUUGUCCCCACCAGACCCCUGGGCUGUCAUCAGAGGGGCGGAAGGGCCAGCGAAGUCCUGCUUUGCUUCGGAACCCCAACCGGAGCAGGCAAAGCCAUGUGAGCAGCAUUUCCAGCCCCGGCUGCUCCACUUCCGAUCCAGCUCCCUGCUCAUGCGCCUGGGAGGCCAGCAGAAGUGGUGCUUGGGCUCCUCCCUCCCACGUGGGGGACCCGGAUGCAGUUCCAGGCUCCUGGCUCCCACCUUGUCCAGGCCCAGCUGGUGCUGCCUUUUGGGGAGUGAGCCAGCAGAUGGAAGACCUCUCUCUCUCUGUAACUCUGCCUUUCAAAUAAAUAAAUCUUUCAAUAAACCCGAACCUCA